AUGGAGGGAAACGAAUUGUCUUACAGUGAGUAUCUGAAGUGUAAGAAUGCUUGCGUGAAGGUUACGAUCAACAGAUAUAGUGGGCUGUGUUUAGGGACUUUAAGAGAACUUCGUGAUGGCUUGCUCGAACUAGUUGAGGGAUUCUGCCGUAGUAGUGGUCCUGAUGUAGACGAACAAGACGAACGUUCGAAAACCUUGUUGGCCUCACUGAUAUGUGUGCAGUUCAUAAAUUAUAUGUUGAAUCAGAAUGUGUUGGCUAAAGCUGAGAAAUGCGAAGCUUUUGAUUUGUCUUCAUUGACAGCGGUGUUCAGACAUAUUGUCGACAUCAAAGGAAUAGAUCAGCUCUACGAUUUUAAAAUCUUUUAUAGGUCCUGUAUCCGCUUUAUGCGAGUGUUUGAAGGACUAGUUGAACGAUACGAUCAAAGACAUCCAAAUCUUCGUUUUUGCCGUUCACUCAUACUGCACGAUUGCAUGAUCCCAGCAGUAACUGCAGCUGGGAAAACUCUAGCCGCUCUUGUUUUGGAGCAAUUAACCCAACAAGAUUUCGAGCCUGAGGAAAUCCACCACGGUUCUGGGUUUAUGAUUACUGAUGGCUUUGUAAUAACCAAUAAGCAUGUCAUCGAAGAAGCAAUGAAUGACGAAACCUUAGAUAUUUGUAUUCUGAAUGAAGCCAUCGGCAAAUUGCCAUGUGUGGUGGUUCAUUGUGAUACAUCUAAGGACUUGGCAUUACUUUAUUGCGAUGGUCUGGAUUUAAAGCAACAUGGAAUUUGUCCAUUUGUGUUGUCCAAAGAAGCUCUGUGGCCAAGCUUGUCAGUUUUUUCUUUUGGUUAUCCAUUAACCCAUCCAGGAAGAAGUGCACUCUUUGUCAAGGGUUAUGUUUCUGGCUUUGUGGAACGUUAUGGGCGUGAACCUUUAAUAGUAUUAAACUGUGUUGUGAAUCCUGGUAAUUCAGGUAGCCCAGUGCUUCGUAGAAUUGACGGUGAUUUAAAAGUGGUUGGUGUAGUCGCACAAAAGCACAAGAAAGACAUUCUGACGGUGGAGGAGAUCAGCAUUUUAGAAGAAGAGCGUUCUACAUUGCAAAUGAACUGUGCAUCUGAUUCAAGGGAUCAGUUCUGGAAAUCAGUGUCAUUAAAAAUGUAUGAUGCCUUAAAUGAGACACAUUGUCAGUUUGGUUAUGGCAAUGUGGUACCAGGUCAUCUGGUUGUUGAGUUUUUAAGUGAUCCAUCAGUAACUUCCAUCAUGGAUUUCUUAGAGAAAGCACUGUGCAUUGAUACAGAGUUUGAUGUCCAAGGAUGA